AUGUCUUUGUUGAAAUUUCCCGAAGAAAUUCUUCUCGAUAUAUUUGAGUACUUUUACUUUUCGGAAUUGAUCUACUCAUUCUAUGAUAUUAUGUGUGUCAACCCGCGAUUUGAAGAGUUAAUCUCAACUCGUCUUCGCUCGAUAAAUUUAUCCAAAGUUGACCUUCGUUGCAUGACGAAAUCACAAUUCCUAUACAUGUGUCGCUAUUUCAAAUCUCAUCUCGAUUCUCUUGACCAAAUUCAACAUCUAAUUCUAUCCAAUCAAUAUACGUUCGGACAAAUACGUUCCUUUCUAAGUCAACUAUCAUUUGAUCAGUUUAUUCAUCUAAAAAAACUACAUUUGAUUCAACCUGCAUUAGACGAAUAUCAUAUUUUGUUUCCAACAAGAUCUACUCAGCUAAAACAUUUGAUCUUAGACAAUCCGGAAUGUGAUGACAAUGGACGUGUUAUACUUAUUGAUGAAAUGGAUGAAUUAGUGAUCCUGACAAUUCAAUCUGACCAUUCGAUACAGUUCCGUUCUCAAUACAAUCGAAUCGAAAAUCUAACUCUGAAAAAACUGAAUUUUCUUGAUUUAAUCGGCUUUUCGACGUUUUUUCCCAACUUACAUUAUCUUGACGUGACAUUAACAGGCACAGACAUUGAUUUGAGUCAAGUUCAUCUUCCGCUAUUAACAAUCUUGAAACUGCGCAGUUCACGUGUUCCACAUGAUUUAUGUGAGAAUUUCUUUCUCAAUCUCUUGCAACUUCGACAAUUAUUCUAUUCAAAUGAAAUCGAUUGCCGAAAAAUUCCAGUCGUGGAUGGUUAUCGUUGUGAAGCCUUUAUUAAACAAUUACCGCUAUUAGAAGAAUUUCAACUCGAUUUGCAUCUGCUCAACGCACAUUCUACGGACAUCUGCGAAAUCACUGGAUCGUUUCAAAACGCGUUUUAUCUUUCAAAGAACUGGAAUAUUGUUUGCGAAUCACGCAUCAAUUCCAACUGUUUUCACAUUUAUUCCGUACCAAUGGAAAUAUCGGCGGAAUUGUCUGUCACAACUGAUAGUUUCGUGUCGUCUCCAGUUUUACCCAUCGAUAAUCUCUACGGAAAUGUCCAACAUUUGAAAUUGAACAUGACAGCCAACUGGCCAUUGGUCACACGGUUCUUUCCCAGCGUAGAUUCACUCGAAUUAUCUCAAUUAAAUCAUUCACGAAUGAUUCCGACGAUUUCGAUUAUCUCCUAUCUAAAUAAAUCCAUAUUUUUGUCCAAACUGAACAAAUUAAUCCUACCAUCGCCAUGUCAUUUCGACGACACACUUCUCUGUUAUCUUUUACAACAAAGUGCACCUAAUAUAUCCAAUCUUGAAAUAUCCUGUCAUUAUUUACUACGUUUAAUUAAAGAAGAGAAACUACAAUCGCCCUUACCCAUACGUAUUCUCACUCUACGCGAUGAUUAUCUUCCGAUUUCAGAUCAAGAACUAUUCAUAAACUUUUUCAAACCAUCAUUGACAUGUUUAUCGUUGUUUUUACAAAAUAAUAAUUCCUUAUCGGAUACAAUACAAUCGUUUCUCGAUAAAUUUCGACUUCUGUUUAGUCUGGAUAUUCUACUGAAUGAUCUUGUAUCCAUGUUGAUACAUGUCCAACUUUGUCAAAUGUUACAACAACGACCGAAAGCAAGUGCGGAACUUCGACCGAUGAACAUUCGAAUUUGGCAGAAAUAA